AUGGAGGAAGAAGACGACGAAAGAAAGAAUAGGAGGCCAAACCUCGCGACCUUCAGCUCGCUGAAUGCUCGCAUUGUUCACUCAUCAUUAGAGGAGGGCACGAUCCAUCAACAAACGUCUGCCGAAUCCAACGAAGCGAACACAUGCUCAAGUAUUUCGACAGCCCAGUAUAGUGACAGAAGUUUUAUGUCAAAAAUUAGUACACUUUCUCGAAGCGGCACUUCGAGCUCGAGCCAGGAGGAAUGCGAGAUGGCUCAUACUACCGUUACUAGUGGACAAUAUCUAUCAGCAGCUCGGGUAGAAACCGCUCGGUCUAUGGAAAGUCUCCGUCCAAGUAAAGAUACGUCUCCAGCGCGACCAGCAAGCUCUUGUACGUCAGUUAGAACGCACAGAAGUUCUUUCUUGACUGCAAGCGAGCGUGAUGUGAGGGAGGCACGUGGUGCGCCGGCUCGGCGUGCACUAUCAGGCGAAGAUAUGGGUAAUGCGGAAAAACGGCGUGGUUUAUUCGCUAGUACUGAACGGCGGGCAUUACAGCAACUUAGUUUGCCUCCUCCAGAGCGCAGGCUAACCAUUCUCAGCCCACAUAGUCCGAUGGCGAUUACUGAACUGCAGUGGCCCACUCCGACAGGUAUAAGGGGCCGACGGAAAAAGGGGAUGGUCCUUCCCAAACUGAUAUUACCACGCAGUGAUUCAGAUGGCUCGGAGGUAUUUUUUGAAAGCUUCGAUGUGGAAAAUGGAGGAGGCGUUGGGGGAGGCGCAGGGGGGGCGCGAUCCCCCCUCGAGGGCGGCUCGCCGUCCACAGCGCUCGUCCUCCAGGCCAUGCCGCAGCGCCGCGAGUCAUUCCUCUACCGCUCCGAUUCCGACUUCGAGAUGUCGCCCAAGUCGAUGUCGAGGAACAGCUCGAUCGCCAGCGAAAGCCAUGGCGAAGACUUGAUCGUGACGCCGUUCGCCCAGGUCUUAGCCAGCCUGCGCAGCGUCCGUAACAACUUCCUCUGUCUUACCAAUGUUCCAGUUGCCAAGUCACGACGAUCGUCUGGAGCAGCCACCGCUGUUACACCACAACCAAAGAAUUUAAAUCCAGGAGACGAAGCUUAUAUGAAGAUGGCACUGGAGACUGUCGAAGAGUUAGACUGGUGUCUCGACCAGUUGGAGACCAUACAAACUCACCGAUCUGUCUCCGAUAUGGCUUCGCUCAAGUUCAAGAGAAUGCUGAACAAGGAGCUGAGUCAUUUUUCGGAGUCGAGCAAGUCUGGCAACCAAAUCUCAGAAUACAUCUGUUCAACAUUUUUGGACAAACAACAAGAACUGGACCUACCGUCAUUGCAAGUGGAUGAGGGUUCAGAACGUCAAACUAAAAAGAAGGAAAAACCACGCGCUGGCGGACCAGCCACUACAAUGUCACAAAUAUCUGGUGUCAAAAGAUCACUCACACACACCAAUAGCUUCACCGGUGAGCGUGUCCCAAGAUAUGGUGUGGAGACUCCUCAUGAGGAAGAGUUAGGCAGGCAGUUGAACGAAUUGGAUCGCUGGGGCGUCGAUAUCUUUCGCAUCGGCGAUCUCUCUUGUGGCAGACCGCUGACAGCCGUCGCCUACGCUGCCUUUAACUCCAGGGAACUUCUGUCUACGCUACAGAUACCACCACGGACGUUCUUAGCAUUCGCCGUGACACUUGAAGAGCACUAUGUCCGUGACAAUCCUUUCCACAAUUCACUCCAUGCAGCGGACGUUACACAGUCCACGCACGUACUACUUAAUACGCCGGCUUUGGACGCCGUGUUCACUCCACUCGAGGUGUGCGCUGCAUUGUUUGCAGCUUGUGUUCAUGACGUAGACCAUCCUGGACUAACUAAUCAAUUUCUCGUAAACUCUAGCUCUGAACUCGCUCUAAUGUAUAACGACGAGUCAGUACUUGAAAAUCACCACCUAGCAGUUGCAUUCAAAUUACUACAAAACGAGGGCUGCGAUAUAUUCAUAAAUUUACAUAAGAAACAGAGACAGACAUUGAGAAAGAUGGUCAUCGACAUGGUACUCUCGACAGACAUGUCCAAACAUAUGAGCUUACUGGCUGACCUGAAGACCAUGGUAGAAACAAAGAAAGUGGCUGGAAGUGGAGUAUUAUUACUAGAUAAUUACACAGAUAGAAUACAGGUAUUGGAGAAUCUCGUUCAUUGUGCUGACUUAAGCAACCCUACUAAGCCUUUACCUCUGUAUAAGAGAUGGGUAGCUCUGCUUAUGGAGGAAUUCUUCCAGCAGGGAGACCGUGAGAGAGAGCAGGGCAUGGAUAUCAGUCCUAUGUGUGAUAGGCACAAUGCAACAAUAGAAAAGUCUCAGGUCGGUUUCAUAGACUACAUUGUGCAUCCGCUGUGGGAAACGUGGGCGGAUCUGGUACAUCCCGACGCCCAAGACAUUUUGGACACGCUAGAAGAAAAUCGCGAUUACUACCAAAGCAUGAUACCUCCGUCGCCGCCACCUGCCCCCGUACAAACAUCACAUUCAGUGCCAGAUGAAGAUCGUCCCGAACAAAUAAGGUUUCAAGUAACACUAGAAGAGGGCGAAGGUUCAGAAGAAUGCGAGGGCGAGGGUGACGGUGGGAUGUGA